AUGGCUCCUAAGAAGUCGAAGAAAAUCCCGCUGAAUGAAUUCCUAGGUGAUAGCACGUUGGGAUCAUGGGCCGACGAGAUGGAAUCGCUUCCUAACGCUCCUGCGGCAAGGACUGAUGAAGAAACGUCGGGUGAUCGUUUUGGACGCAGAGAUGAUUUUCUAAGUUCGCGACCCGAUCGUCAACAUCUACCUCCGCGCGAGGAUGUCCCUCUUCCGAGCCAGCCUCCCUAUACCGCGUUUGUGGGCAAUCUGGCAUUCGAUCUGACCGAAUCUGAGCUUGGCCAGUUUUUCUCUGGAGUCAAGACUAAAUCCGUGAAAAUAAUCAAAGACAGGGAUGAUAAACCCAAGGGCUUCGGAUACGUGGAAUUUGAAGAAUUAGAGGGCCUGAAAGAUGCCUUGUCAAAAAGUGGCUCUAAUUUCUCGGGUCGAGUCAUCCGAGUCAGUGUUGCUGAACCACCGAAAGAACGCAGCGGAUUUGGUGGCCCUUCGGACGACAACUCUAAGUUCGAUAGUCCCUGGCGCCGUGACGGCCCCCUCCCCGAUACCACGUCUCGAGAGCCAUCGCGUCGUCGUUUCGAUGGUCCGCCACACGAUCGACAUGUCCAGUCGGCUUCUGAUGGCCCGGAGGACUGGCGUUCCAAUCGACCUCAACGUGUCCCCGAUAAUGAACCUCCGCCAUUCAAGCGAAAAGGUUCCGGCUUCCUGACUCCUGAAGGAACAGCUAGUUCGGCGGACAAAGAAGACGUUUGGACAAUUGGCAGUAAGUUCAAACCUUCGGGUCCCGGCGAUGAAAGUUCCACAAAAUUUGGUUCAACGCGGUCAAGGGGUGACAUGGGCCCGCCGAAGGAGACACCGAGCGAUGAAGCGGGCUGGAGGAGUACAACCCGUGGUCCAAAACGUGGCAGUGUAUCGCCGACGAACUCGACACCCCCGACGCCCCAGUUGGCGCGCAGAAAGCUGGAGCUUCUUCCGAGGUCUGGUAACGCAUCGGUUUCACCCAGCCCUUUGUCAUCCCCUAAGAUGGCACCUACGCCCCCUACUUCGGCGGGCUCGAGGCCAAAUCCUUUUGGUGGGGCACGGCCAGUCGAUGUUAGCUCCCGUGAAAAAGCCGUCGAAGAACGCAUUGAAAAGGAGCGCGAGUCCGUUCACGAGAAGGUUGCAAUGUCGAGGACAAGCUCUCGUUCUGGUGUCGAACGGGGUGUUCUGCAUCGUCCUCAAACCCCCCCCGUUUCGUCAGCCCCUAACCCCAAGGUCUCCUCCAAGCCAACACCUGUCUUCGCACCUACUGUUCGACCCAGCCUGAGCUUCGCCAAUGUCGCCGCAAAGAAGGAAAGUGCUGCAUCGAAGGAGGAUGCCCAUACGGAGAGUGCUAUUGAUCAAGAAGCUGAUGAUGUUGCGAAUGUUGCGAUAUAA